AUGAAGAACGGAAAGGUUGCGUUGCCCGCGGACCUCGCGUGGGUCCAGGACCUCGUCGCGAGCGCGUUCUUCGAGCCGUGCGCUAACCAUCACGCGAGCGCGGGGAAGGGCGAGCUCGCGAAUCUGUUUUGCGCGUCCACCAGCAAGACCUACUGCGCGUCGUGCGCGGGGGGAAGAGACGUCGUUCAGCGUAACGAGAAGACGCGCUCGCUCACCUCCUCCUCGCUCCUCUCUCUCCUCUCUCUCCGACCCCCGCAGGUCCGCCGGAGCUCGUACCACAACGUCGUCAGGGUCCAGGACGUGUGCGCGCUCAUGGACGUCAGCGCGAUCCAGACGUACGUCAUAAACUCCGCGCGCGUAGUCUUCCUCAGGCGCGUUCUAUACACUGGCAAAGGAAAAGACGGCGAGGAAAAGAAAGCGUCGAGCAAGCCGGGUAAGGAGCCGAAGUCGAAAGCGCGUCACAGCGCGUGCGCGCACUGCAACCGUCUGCUGCAGACGGAGAACUGCGACUUUUGUUCCAUCGCGUGCAAGGUGCGCGCGGGGGCGGACAUGCGCGCGAGCCCGGCGAGCGAAGCCGCCGCGCGGUUAGCCGCGCUCAACGUGCCCAAGGCGGAGGGGAGAGGCGGCGGCGGCGGAGACGCGGCGUCGAAAGCGAAGCGCGGGAAGGAGGGGGAGCCCGGGGCCGGGGGCGGGACCGCCGCGGCGAAGCGAGAGAAGAAGGAGAAGGAGGGAGACGCCGCCGCGAGAAACGCCGCGACGGCGGGGCUCGCCGGCGUCAAGAAGGAAGGAAGCAAGGGCAAGCGCAAGGCGGACGCGGACGCCGACGCGGGGGGCGAGGGGACUAGCCCCAGGACCCCGGCGUCGGCGAAGCGACCGGGCGCGGCGGCGGCGGACGAGAAGAAGGCGGGGUCCUCGAGCAGGAGCCGGGGGAAGUCGUCGAGCGGCGGCGGGUCCACCAAGGCGUCGCGCGCGGCGACGACGACGACGACGACGACGACGACGACGGCGACGACGACGACGACUUUGACGACGACGCCGGCGAAGCGCGGCAGGGACGCGUCUGGUCAGACGCCGUCGAAGAGCGAACACCGCGCCGGCACCGGACCGAACACGCCCACCGCCGUCGGCGACGCGGGGGCUCGACCGCGAGGCGCCGACGCGCCGCGCACCGCCUCCGCGGGCGCCGCGAACGCCGCGGGGAAGAAGAGCAAGAGCGUGUUCGCGGCGGCGAAGGAGGAGGACGGGAGCGAGAGGGGGAGCGCCGCCGCCGCCGCCGCCGCCGCCGCGUUGUUCGUCUCGAGCAAGCGGCGGAAGCCGUCCAAGCCGAAGCGCGCGGCGUUGUGA